AUGCUACGAAGCAGCCGCCUUGCAUCGCGGCUCGCCCGCACAGGCAUCCUUCAAGCCCGCACACCCACACCCCACACUUCCUACCUACACCAACAGCAUCCAUCAUCUCUACUAUCAUCAUCACCAUCAUCACCAACAACAACAAUCAAUACCUUCCGCCUCGCCUCCACAACAACAACAACCACCGACACCACCGACACCACCCCCGACAUAACCAACCACUACACGAUCUUCAAAAAAACCCUCCCGGCCGGCCCACCCCCAUCCUCCCCCUUCGACAUCCCCACCGCCGACCUCCGCCGCGAAUUCCUCCGCUGGCAAUCCCUCAUCCACCCAGACAAAUACCCACAGGGUCCCCAAAAGCAACAAGCGGAGGCGCUAUCAGCGCGCAUCAACGAAGCAUACCGCACCCUGCUGGACCCUCUGCAACGGGCGCAGUACCUCCUGCGCGAGAUGCACGGGAUAGAUGUCACGGCGGAGGAUGGGGCAUCGAAGCAUGCGUUGGAUGCGGAGACGUUGAUGGAGGUCAUGGAGGUGCAGGAGACGAUUGAGGAGGUGACGGAUUCCGGGGAGGAUGCUGUGGCUGCGGAGCAGAAGAUUAAUGAAUUGAAGGUGGAGAAUCAGGGGAGGGUGGAGGAGUGUGUGAGGGUUCUUGGGGAGGCGUUUGAUAGGGGGGAUGUUGAGUUGGCGAGGAGGGAGUGUGUUAAGUUGAGGUUUUGGUAUAGUGUGGGUGAGGGGUUGAGGGAGUGGGAGCCGGGGUGUAGGGAGAUUAGUGCUGCCACUGACCACGCUCUGGAUGGAUACAGCAUCGUCCAUUCACCGCCAUUUACUUUUCUGGUCGGCCCCAACCACACCAAGCUUACCAUCCAGUCCGGCCUCGCCCGUCAUGUCUCCCAGCCACUCGACCAUCUCAUGAACAGUGGGGAGACCCGCGAGUCAAAGCAUCACAUCGCUGUCCUAGAAGAGUAUGACGUCGAAACUUUCGUCGCCUUCUGCGAGUACGCCUAUACCGGCGACUACCGUGUGCCACCCCAGGGGUCGCGCGAAGAGGACCGUGAGGAACAGGCCGUGAACAAUCCCUUUCGCGGCGUUUUCUCCAACGAUCCUUCCAGCCCAGCAGCCAUUCCUCCGCGGGCCCCGACACCCCCUGGUCGACCGGUAGACCAACCCCAUGGGGACGACCACGACAAGUCUCUCGAUGAUGGGUGGAGUCGUCCGGACGAAGAGCACAGGCCCGCUGUAGUGGAGCACAGUUUCCCGGGCAAGGAUGACGACUGGGAGUGUGCCAUUGCUGAUGAUGAGCCUCAAGAACCAGUACCUGCGACAAAAGAGGCAAGCGAGCAGCCUCCUCCAACUCCCGCAGCGGAGCAGAAUGACGGCGAUGGAUGGGACGCCAUUGGAGAUGAUGCAUCCAAGGGAAAGAAAGGUAAAAAGAAUAAGAAGGAUAAGAAAAAGAAGAAGGGAGCGGCCGCAGAGGAAGCCGCGCCCAACCUGACACCUCCAUCCACGCCACCCCCCUCGAACUCGAAGCCGGAAGAGGAGGCCGCCAAUCCUGCUUCUGAAACCAACGCAGUGUCUGAGGAUGUCACUCGAGCUCCUGAGACUGUAGAGGCACCUCCUGCUCCGGAGCCAGCUGAUACUGCGGCUGCGGCCUCAUCGCCCACCGAGAGCUGGGAGCACACUGCGCCCACGCCUCCAGAAGAUGGGAAAGACGCCCCCAGCAAAGAGGACAACGAAGACCAGAAGGAAGAGACACAGCAGAAAGAGAGGGAAGAGUCCAAAGAGCACCAGGGAGUCACGGCCAGACGACAGACGGGUCCAAUGAUCGACACCUCCUUCGCCAGGCAGCAGUACUCCCGGAUGAACGAGAAAGGAACCAGUCUCUGGGACGAGUUCUCAGCCAUCGACUACGUCGACCCCCGCUCUUGCUCCGUGACGAGGCCUCCAAGCGUCAUGUCUGCUCGGUCCCCGUUUGAGCUGCCAUACCUGGUCUUCCAUGCCAAGCUGUACGUCUUUGCGACCCGAUACUUGAUCCCUGCGCUGGCCCAGCUCUGUCUCCGCAAGCUCCAUCGCGACCUGCUGUACCUGGGAUUCGCGGAAUCGAGCACCGAGAGUGAGGACGAGGAGCAGCAUAGCCUCAACACCACCAAGGCCAGAAAGGUCCUUGAUCUCCUGCACUACACGUACACCAAGACUACUCGUCUGGAGCCGAUCACCCCCACGUCCGCUACACUGCGGGAUAACGAGCUACGGAAGCUGGUCGUGCACUUUGCUGCCUGCAAGGUGCGUGAUUUGGCGGCCUACUCUCCGCCAGUAGAGAGUGAUCUUGUAUCUCCGUCGAGCAAGCCAUUGAAGCCUUCAGCGCGGGGCUUCCGUGCCUUGCUGGACACCACCACCGAACUUGCGUCGGACCUGGUGUAUCGGAUGAUGAUGUGA